AUGUCUGGUAAGAGAAAGCGGGACUACCGUACAGUGUUGCAAGAAGUGCUGAGAAUACUUCCUUCGCCUCCAGCAGUCAGAAGCAUCACUCUGGACUUUGAACAAGCUCUCUGGACGGUCUUUAGAGAGCUGCUGCCCAACGUGUCACUGCAGGGAUGUCUGUUUCACCGGACGCAAGCGUUGUGGAGAAAGGUAACGCAUACCUAAAGAAAGAAUUUAUAUAGGCACACACGAGAAAAAAUAUUAAUUUUUUAACAGCAUAUCUCUAAAAAUCUAUUUUAAUUAUUUCAAUAAUUUCAAUUAAACCCAUACCUACCUACCGUCCUUCUCUAAGGGCUCUUCUCUGAAUAAUAUCAAUCAAGCUUAAUGCAUACCUAUACUAAUAGAAUUAGAAACACACGGAGUUAAAAAUAAAUGCUUAACGGCUUAUCUCUGAAAAUUUGUUUUCCUUUUUUCCAAUAAAGUUCAAGAGUUGGGAUUGGAGCCAGCCUACCGCACAGACAGCCGUACCUACAAGUACAUUAGAAAACUCAUGGCGCUGCCCUUCCUGCCGGAAACCGAGAUUACGCCGAUGUUUCAGCGGCUCAGAGACCGCGCCACUACCACUGCUCUGGAAACACUUGCCUUGUACGUGGAGGAGAACUGGAUUACCGGCACAAUGUGGCCUCAAUCCUGUUGGUCUCUCUUCAUGCUGCCGAUCCGCACCAACAACGACAUAGAGGCGUGGCACCACGGUCUUAACAGUAGAGCCAACAACAGAGUCCACUUGCCAUUCUACCUGCUGGUGGAGCUGCUACUCCAGAAGGCCAGACUUGUCUCCAUUCAGAUAAGGCUAGUGUCAGACGGGAAGCUGUCCAGGAUUCAGCGGAAGAAGUACCGGCUGCUUCAAUCUAAAAUCUUCAAGCACUGGGAAGACUUUAACGGCAACGAGAUUUCUGCCCGCCGCCUUCUUAAACUCUGCAGUUACCUGAACGGCCCGGCGACCAGAACCUGA